CACUACUCUAAAACCCUAGUAAAUCCUCUGCUACUUCCUUUUCUACAUCUAUUCUGUGUCUCCUACCUUUCUCUCUCUUUCUUUAGUUUGAAAAAUGUUGCGCCGAAACAUUCGUUUGAGGAGAGAGUAUUUGUACAGAAAGAGCUUAGAAGGAAAAGAGAGAUUGCUAUAUGAAAAAAAACGCAAAAUCAAGGAAGCCCUAGCUGAGGGAAAGCCAAUUCCUACGGAGCUCAGAAACGAACAUGAUGAGCUUCGCGAAGAAAUUGAUCUCGAAGAUGAAAACUCUGCAAUUCCAAAGACUCAUAUUGAUGAUGAAUAUGCAAACGCGACUGAAAAGGAUCCUAAGAUUUUGCUGACUACAUCUCGCAAUCCAAGUGCUCCUCUUAUACAGUUUGUAAAGGAAUUGAAGUUUGUCUUCCCUAAUGCAGAACGAAUCAAUCGUGGUGGUCAGGUUAUUUCUGAAAUUAUUGAAAGUUGCCGCGCACAUGAUUAUACAGAUGUAAUUUUGGUUCAUGAACAUCGUGGAGUACCUGAUGGUUUGAUCAUAAGCCAUUUACCUUUUGGUCCGACUGCAUAUUUUGGAUUGCUCAAUGUGGUGACUAGACAUGACAUCAAGGACAAGAAAGCUAUUGGAACUAUGCCUGAGGCUUACCCACAUUUGAUUCUUAACAAUUUUAAAACCAAGUUGGGCGAAAGGACAGCAAACAUUCUAAAGCAUCUUUUCCCGGUACCAAAGCCUGACACUAAGCGCAUUAUCACUUUUGCAAAUCAGUCUGACUAUAUCUCAUUUAGGCAUCAUCUUUAUGAAAAGCAUGGAGGUCCUAAAUCUAUUGAGCUCAAAGAGAUUGGACCACGGUUUGAAAUGCGGCUUUAUCAGGUAAAGCUGGGAACAAUGGAUCAGAGUGAAGCCCAGACUGAAUGGGUGAUUCGACCGUACAUGAAUACAUCUAAGAAACGGAAGUUUAUUGGGGAUUGAUUCAACCUCCAUAUCCGAAAUCAUGUCUUUUUUUUUUCUCUCUGUAUUGUGGUCAUAUUUAGCAUCAAAUUUUGAUCAAGCUAAUUUGCACUUGUAUUUAUGAUAUUCAUUAUCACUGUACUAGAGCAAUAAGGAUGAUUCCACAUUUGUAUGCUUUUUCAGGCUGACUUUUUAUCACUACCAAAUUGCGAUGCUGAUUCACUUCGAGCAAUUUGAUCCAUAUGUUCUUUUUA